AUGGCGAAUCACAGCACGAAUUGGCCCGCCCUAGGUUUUGCCUACACCGGAUCCAAUGAUGGCGGUGGCGGUGGCGGUGGCCGCGGUGAUGGUGGUGACGGCGGCGGCCGCGGUAACGGUGGUGGCCGCGGUGACGGCGGUGGCCGCAGAAAUGGCAAUGGUGGCGGAAACGGCGACGAAACAUCUGGUGUCACAAACAAUGGCAGUUAUUUCAAUAUAGGCGGCAAUGACCAAGAGGGUUCCUCAUACUCCCUCAAGGUUAAUAUUCCUAAGAUGACUGGGAAUAACUAUAAUGAAUGGGCCCAAACAGUUCGCUUGGUAUUGGAUAGCAAAGGGAAGCUUAGUUUUUUAACAGGAGCGAUAGCUGAAACGGCAGUAGGAGACCCUCUUUACAAACAAUGA